CAGACGCAGCGCAGUGGGCGUAGAAUCCAACGUUUCUCCGAGUUCAUACAUGACUUCCCGAUUAUCCGCACCCAACUUGGGCUACUUCAGUUUGUGAUACCUCCUGCCACGGUGAGCCGACAGAGAUGACGGAAAGCUCCGCCAACAAGCUGCUCAACGGAGACGCCUGUCGUCGGACGUCGACUGGGCAAAAAGCGAGCAAAAAUGGCUUCGUGAAGAACCACUGCCUGUUUCAGCAGCCGCACAAGUAUCGUCGCACCGGGGAGAAGAACCAACAUGGCACACACAACUCGAGCCUAUACAAGAGGCCCUUUGUAGAAUCAUUUGAGCAGACUCCUCUACUGGUGGCUGUGCUUACCUACGUGGGCUACGGCAUCCUCACCAUCUUCGGCUACCUCCGGGACUUUCUCCGCCACUGGAACAUCGGGAAAUGCACCAUGGCCCGAGAGCGAGAAGAGCAGAAGGACUUUGUCCCGCUCUAUCAAGACUUUGAGAACUUUUACACCAGAAACUUGUACAUGAGGAUCCGAGACAACUGGAACAGACCCAUCUGUAGUGUACCUGGGGCAAAGAUGGACCUGAUGGAGCGAGUUUCCCCUGAUUACAACUGGACCUUCCAGCACACGGGCAAAGUGGUGAAGGAUGUCAUCAACAUGGGCUCGUACAAUUACCUCGGCUUUGCCGAGAACACCGGGGCUUGUGCUGACGCUGCUGUUGAGGUCACGCAAAAGUAUGGCGUUGGGGUGGGCAGCACUCGCUAUGAAUUAGGGAACCUUGACAUCCAUGAGGAGCUGGAGCAGUUGAUUGCCAGGUUCCUUGGUGUUGAGUCAGCUAUGGCGUUCGGUAUGGGCUUCGCUACUAAUUCCAUGAACAUUCCUGCUCUUACAGGGAAGGGGUGUCUCAUCUUAAGUGACGAGCUGAAUCAUGCAUCACUUGUGCUGGGAGCCCGUCUAUCGGGGUCAACAAUUCGGGUCUUCAAACAUAACAACAUGCAAAGCCUGGAGAAACUCCUGCGAGACGCCAUCGUACAUGGACAGCCAAGGACACAUCGGCCCUGGAGAAAAAUUCUCAUUGUGGUAGAGGGCAUUUACAGUAUGGAGGGUUCCGUUGUGCGUCUGCCAGAGGUCAUCGCCCUGAAGAAGCGAUACAAGGCAUACGUGUACCUGGAUGAGGCCCACAGUAUUGGGGCCUUGGGGCCCAACGGCAGAGGAGUGGUGGACUACUUUGGCCUCAGUCCCACAGAUGUUGACGUCAUGAUGGGAACGUUCACAAAAAGCUUUGGCAGUGCUGGGGGUUACAUCGGAGGCAAAAAGGAGCUGAUCGACUACCUCCGACAACACUCACACAGCGCCCUGUAUGCCACCUCUAUGCCUCCACCGGUGGCCCAACAAAUCAUCACCUCAAUGAAAAUCAUCAUGGGAGAGGAUGGGACCACACUGGGUGCAGACCGCCUCCGGCAGCUGUCCGAGAACACAAGCUACUUCCGCAGGAAACUUCGUGAGAUGGGCGUCAUCAUCUACGGCAACAGCGACUCACCUGUCGUACCCGUGAUGCUCUACAUGCCUGCCAAAAUUGGGGCGUUUGGCCGAGAGAUGUUAAGCCGGAACAUCGGCACAGUGGUCGUUGGCUUCCCGGCAACUACAAUCAUCGAAUCACGAGCACGUUUUUGCAUUUCGGCUGCUCACACAAGAGAAAUGCUCGACACAGUAUUGGAGGCCAUGAAUGAAGUGGGCGACCUGCUGCAGCUGAAGUACUCCAGACUUGGACUGUCGCCUCCUCCCAUCAGGUGGACAUCUGAGGAAAGCCAGCUUCAGGACUGAGACACACACACACACACACACACACGUGCCCAUAUACACACACAAUCUGAUAAAUGCCCUCUUGGCCUUCCAGUUUUAGUUAUGCACCACUUUGUCAUACGUCUUCUCACCACACUUCAAACCUCACGGGACUCACAAAAGUUUAUACAGUGGAUUCAAAAAAAAAAGUCUACACACCUGUGUUUAAAUGCCAGGAACUGACACCAAAAUAAAUACUAACAAAGCCUUUUCCACCAUUAAUGUGACCGAUAACUAAAAAAAUACAUUUUCCGACAUGCAUUUGGGAGAUUUCAAGUGUUUAUUUGUUUGUUGUUUACUUUGCAAGAUCUGGCAUUCCAGCUACCGCAUAGACCAGAAAUAUGAAGAAGAGGGGACAUUGUUGUCAUAUGUACUAAAUAACCAAUACUUGCAAGGAAUUCCUGUCGCUACUUUAAUGAUGCUAGCAGCCUUCCUGACCAAUUUUCUUCUCGUCUUUUCAUCAAUUUUGGAUAGGCCUCCAGUUCUUGGUAUUUCCUCAUUUUGAUGAUGACUGUCUUUGCUGUGUUCCAUAUUAUAUUUAAUGCCUUGAAAAUUCUUUUGUGCCCUACUCCUGACUGAUGCCGCUGAACAAUGUGACACCUUUGCUGCUGCGGAAGCCCUCUUCGGACCAUGGCUUGUGCUGUAAGGUUUGACUUGAAAAAUGUCAGGAAAAGCCUACUUGAACAUCUGAACUUUGAAGUUCAUGAGAGGCACUAUACACAGUUGCAGGUGCAUAUAUAUAUAUAUAUUUUGGGGGGGGGGCUUCCCCUCUCUAAAAGGUUCCAUUUUUUUAAUUGAGUUGUGCAGGUUCUUGGUAUCGUUGUUUUUGUUGUUGUUUUUUUCAAUCACAACAAAAAAACCUGGCAUUUGAACAGGGGUGUGUAGACCUUUUAUAUCCACUGUAUCUUCAGAGUCCUGAAAUUUUUUUAAAUCUUUCAACCUGCUCGCCAAUAGGAGAAGACCAACAUCAUGUAUAUAAUUUUCUGUCUAUUGAACGUUUUGACCUUUUCACUUGCUACCUUCUGACUGCAUCAAGACAUUAGGUUUUAUUCCCUUGAGCAAAUUGAAUGUGUGUUAUUUGGGCAAUAGUAACCACAAUGGAUUUUUUUGCAAUUAAAAAAACAAACAAAAAACCUAGAGCAAAAUAUGCCAUUGGACGUUACUUGUGCACUUAUAAAAAAAAAAAAAAGUCUUAAAUAACAUCGUAGCAGUUGCUAUGAUAAACACAAUAGCAAAGUGUGAUGUAUGUAAAUAAUAUUUUUCACAAAGUCAGUCUUGCUGCCUUAGGUAGCAUCCCAAACCUCUAACAGAGAUAUCACAGGAGUAACAUAAGCGUGUUCUCCAUAUGUAAAAUAUAUAUAUAUAUAUAUAUAUAUAUAUAUAUAUAUAUCCACACAUGCCUCACUUGAACAAAGUGUAGAAUAUUAGUUUCCCUCCCUGACCAAAGCAAACAUAUAUAUAAAGAUAUAUAUUUUCUACCCGUCUCUUCAAAUCUAUAGCAAAUGCUCCAAAAGAAAAUCAUUACUAGGGGGAAAAAGAUCCCAGGAAGAAUACAGAAUAUUUUUUACUGCUUCUUUUCUAGAGCUAUUUCGCAGCCUUAUUUACUGUUUACACUUGCUCUCAGAAAUGUGAGUCCAUUGUUUUGUUCUCUUCCCCCCCCCCCCCCCCCCCCCCUAUUUGUUGUGCUUUAAAUUUGACAGUUACAUGUACAUUUGAACUGUAUGUAUGACGAUGCUGCCCUCAAGCUUAUCUGAUGUACAGCUUUAUUUAUUUCAAAACAAUUGUCCUGUCUUUCACCUGUCUGUUGUUGUUUUGUGUGUGCGUGUGAGAAAUGUAACUGUUAUCUAAAAGGCAGCUUCACAUGUAUCCCCAAGGGUGUGCAUAUUUUAAAUAAUGGUUUAAAGUUUUACUUCAGUGCUAGCACUACUGACAGGCAUUGUAAAUGCGCAGAUGAUGUAGUCACUGAAAUAUGCAGCAGUUCUGCGUCAUGUGUCAGAUGUGUUCUUGAUUUUCCUUAACCGUGAUUGUUUUUGAGAAUGGCAUUCCAAUUCGAUCCGCCUUCACUGCACUGUCAAAAGUUGUCUCUGUCGCGUCACACUUUGUAUGCGUAGGGUCAUCCCGAAAUAUAUAUAUAUAUGCAUGUGUUUUAUAAAGUCCGUUUUUUUUUCAAAUUAUUAUUUAUUGAUGGGAAUUGACGUCCAGUAAAGCCAGUGUGAGCAUUGUCACAUCCGUCAUGCUGAUCACAGACAGGUUUAGACCUAUUUUUGUAGCACAUCCAUGCACCAUGUGUUUUCUCUUUUUUUUUGUUAACUACAAGAACUGGAAAACUCGUGUUGUAUAGCAGUCAUUGUAAUAUUUGUCACAGAAAAUGGCAUGGAUAACCGCACCAUUUCCAUCAACCCUUGCUUCUAUGGUGUCACUGUAACCUGCUUAUUGCUGCAGUUGUGAAUUGUGCUCCAACAUACUGUACGUUUGAAAAAUGUCCCUGUGGCCAGCAGAACUGCAGAAUAUUUAGGUUGUGGAGGAAAAUGCAUUUGCAAACAGCAACAUGUCUGUUCCUCAGAGCCAAGUUUCCUCAGUCAAAUACAGAAACCACCUCUUCAAUAUGUUUUACAGCAAGCCCACAUGUGAACUGACCUAUAGAGAUUUAUGUGACUUUCCUUAUCUGUUACUUAUCUCAAUGAAAUUGUAUUUGAUUUGAAUUUUUAAGUAUUCUAAGCAGAUUGUAAAGCCAUGUUUGUUGAUCAUGCUGUUCUAAACAGAUUAAAUCACUUUCUUUGUAUCAA